GGGCACUAAACUCAUACCGUCUCUCUCGUCACGGUUGUUGUUGCCAGUCGAAUCGGAGUCUAAGUCUCCACUGUUCUCUUCAGAAGCCCAACUCCCCUCUAAACGCAGAGAGGCACCGCGACCCGCCGGACCACAGCCAGAACCAGUGAUCUGCUCGACCCGCUAGAAGUGCGUAGAAACAGGGUUGGGGGGACACAUUCGGCCCGGGGUGGAGCUGACCCAGAAUUUGCCGGAAAGUGCCCAGUCAUGCCUGCAACGGGGGCAGCAGACCCUAAGGCGGAGGAUUACUCCACAGCUAUUCUGAAGCAGAAGACUCGACCCAACAGACUUAUCGUUGAUGAAGCCAUCAAUGAGGACAACAGCAUUGUCAGCCUCUCCCAGCCGAAGAUGGAGCAGCUGCAGCUGUUUCGUGGGGACACCGUGGUGCUUCGGGGCCGCAAGCGGCGGGAGACAGUCUGUAUCGCUCUCACUGACGACUCGUGCCUCGACGAGCGGAUACGCAUGACGCGCGUCACCCGCAACAACCUACGGGUCAGACUGGGGGAUGUUAUUAGCAUCCAUGCCUGCCCGGAUGUGAAGUAUGGCAAGCGUAUCCACGUGCUGCCUAUAGAUGACACCAUCGAGGGCCUCACCGGGAACCUGUUUGAGGUCUUCCUCAAGCCCUAUUUCCUCGAGGCCUACAGGCCUGUACACAAUGGUGACAUCUUCCUGGUGCGUGGGGGCAUGAGGGCAGUAGAAUUCAAGGUGGUGGAGACAGAUCCCUCCCCACACUGCAUAGUUGCUCCGGAUACCGUCAUUCACUGCGAGGGGGAGGCCAUUAAAAGAGAGGAUGAAGAGGAGAACCUGAACGACAUCGGCUAUGAUGACAUCGGCGGCUGUCGGAAGCAGCUGGCGCAGAUCAAGGAGAUGGUGGAGCUGCCUCUCAGACACCCCGGCCUCUUCAAGGCCAUAGGAGUAAAGCCCCCCAGAGGGAUUCUGCUCUAUGGCCCCCCAGGCACGGGGAAGACUCUGGUGGCUCGCGCCGUAGCUAACGAGACAGGAGCCUUCUUCUUCCUCAUCAACGGUCCUGAGAUCAUGAGUAAGCUAGCCGGCGAAUCAGAAAGCAACCUGCGCAAGGCCUUCGAGGAGGCCGAGAAGAACGCCCCCGCCAUCAUCUUCAUCGAUGAGCUGGACGCCAUCGCCCCCAAGAGAGAGAAGACUCACGGGGAGGUCGAGCGGAGAAUCGUCUCUCAACUCCUCACCCUGAUGGACGGACUCAAGCAACGCGUCCAUGUUGUCGUCAUGGCAGCCACCAACAGGCCCAACAGCGUGGAUCCAGCUCUACGCCGAUUUGGGCGCUUUGACCGUGAGAUUGACAUCGGCAUCCCCGACUCCACGGGGAGACUGGAGAUCCUGCAGAUCCACACCAAGAACAUGAAACUGGCCGACGAUGUAGACCUGGAGAGGAUAGGCAUGGACACCCAUGGCCAUGUGGGGGCUGACCUGGCCGCUCUGUGCUCUGAGGCCGCCUUGCAGGCCAUCCGGAAGAAGCUGAUCCUCAUCGACCUCGAGGACGACACCAUCGACGCCGACAUCCUCAACUCACUCGCCGUCACCAUGGACGACUUCAAGUGGGCUCUGAGCCAGAGUAACCCCUCUGCUCUGAGGGAGACGAUAGCCGAGGUUCCUCAGGUCAACUGGGAAGACAUCGGCGGUCUAGACGAGGUCAAGAGGGAGCUGCAGGAGCUUGUGCAGUACCCGGUGGAGUACCCGGAUAAGUUUCUGAAAUUUGGCAUGACCCCGUCCCGCGGCGUGCUCUUCUAUGGGCCGCCGGGCUGCGGCAAGACGCUGCUGGCCAAGGCCAUCGCCAACGAGUGCCAGGCCAACUUUGUGUCCAUCAAAGGCCCCGAGCUGCUCACCAUGUGGUUCGGAGAGUCUGAGGCCAACGUCCGAGACAUCUUCGACAAGGCUCGACAAGCAGCGCCAUGCAUCCUCUUUUUUGACGAGCUGGACUCCAUCGCCAAGUCCCGAGGAGGAGGGGCCAGUGAUGCGGGGGGUGCGGCUGACCGGGUCAUCAACCAGAUCCUCACCGAGAUGGACGGCAUGAGCAACAAGAAGAAUGUCUUCAUCAUCGGCGCCACCAACAGGCCUGAUAUCAUAGAUGCCGCUAUCCUGAGACCAGGCCGUUUGGACCAGCUCAUCUACAUCCCUCUGCCAGAUAAGGGCUCCCGCUCAGCCAUCCUCAGGGCUAACCUCCGCAAGUCACCCAUCUCCAAGGAAGUGGACCUGGAGUAUCUGUCGCGCAUCACAGAGGGCUUCUCUGGCGCCGACCUGACGGAGAUCUGCCAGCGAGCCUGUAAGAUGGCCAUCAGGGAGGCCAUCGAGGCCGAGAUCCGCAUCGAGAGGCAGAGACGCAGCCAACCCGACACUGCCAUGGAGGAGGACUAUGAUCCGGUGCCUGAGAUCAGGAAGGACCACUUUGAGGAGGCCAUGCGCUUUGCCCGUCGCUCCGUCAGCGACAAUGACAUCCGCAAGUACGAGAUGUUCGCCCAGACGCUACAGCAAAGCAGGGGCUUUGGAAACUUCAGGUUUCCCUCGGGCUCCAAACAAGGGGGAGGUCAAGGGUCAGGCCAGGGUAACUCUGGCGAACUGUACAGAGCGGACGGGGAUGACGACCUCUACCAGUAAGAGUUAUCCACCGAGGUCAAAGUUAAUCCGUGCCACACUAUAUCCCCCUAUAGACAUCCACCCCUGCAACAUAAAUACACAAACACAUAAAUAAAUGAGUUUGACAUACAUGUUCAUAUUCAUACAAAAUUACAUCAAUUAAGAGGAAACGUAUUCUCUAUCCUCUUGACCUAGUCUUUUAUAGUAAAACGGUGUGUGUGUUGUAUAGAAAAGUCUUAAUUGGAUAAGGAUAUAUUGUAAAUUGAAAAAAUAUAUAUAUAUAUUUAUUUUGGUAAAGUUUGUAGAAGGGGAGGUUGUGGCGGUGUUUUAUGGUGUGAUGAAGCUGGAGUGAUUGUUUUCCUUCAUGUUUGUUGAGGCCUUAAAAAAUGUAGCCUUAGCGUACAUACUGUACUAAACAGCCAACUAAGGGGUAGCAAGAAGUAUUUAAGCUCGACUUGAAGUGUAUUAGAACCAUGGACUCUAUGUUCAACUGUGCAGAGAGAGUUAAAUGUGUGUUGUGACUGGAUGCCUAAAUGGUUGACUCAAAGAACAUUGAGAAUAAAGUUUACACUUAACAUUGA